AUGCCGAAAAAUCAGAAGAAGACCCCACAGAACUUGAGAAGCCUGAAGGAGCAUACUUUGACUGUCUCUUCUUCCAACGUUGCUAAUCGUGACGGCGUCUGUCAAGACGUUCUUCUGUUUAUGUCAAACAUGGAGGUGGAUCUGAAGAAAUUCCUCGACGGAGAGCGGCAUGUUGGAGAAGAUCCUACUGAGAACCAACACGAUUUAUCAACAAACGUUGGUCAGAUACCCUCAACGUUUGAGAAGCCCAAAACAACCGUUACAACUUCGGAUAAAACGGCGUUCGAUUGGAAAACGCGGGAAGAAGACACUUCUGCAGACGAAGGACAAAACAAAACAGCGAAGGACAGUAGGAAAGAAAACUGUGAAGUAGAUGGCCAAAAUGGUGGCACGGAAAAGACAGCAGAUCAGAGAAGACAACGCAGAAAGGGGAAGGCCAUCGACAACGUAGGCUGUUCGGCUGUUACGGUUGCAAGGGAGAAAUUUGAGUCGCCGCAAGUAUCCACAACCAACUUCGAUCGUGAUCAGUCUUCAGUGCAACGGAACAACGAAAAGCACGUUGGAAAUGCUAGCAUUGAAGAUGAUGGCGUCAAAAUGAAAACGGCCUCGAAAGAGGGAAAAUCUGUUGUUCCAAAUGCGGAUGCGCCACAAUCUGAAAGAAGAAUCAUUGGCAGUGAAUUAGGCAGGAGUAAAAGGGAGCGGCGUCCGUCCGCCAGGUGUACCACCUGUAUCAGCUGCAAUGCCUGCGUACCCGCAAGGCGGCGUCACAAAAGCGCGCCAGUUCGCAACCUGACGUCAUCGUCGAAGACAGGUGAUUUGGCUUCGAGGGACGAAAGUUUUGUUACAACAAACAUGAUUGGCGGAGAUGACCAAGGUUGCAGCUUCUUCUGCAGGGACUGUCUGAGGGAGUUUGACAGCUUCUCAGGACUCCCGCUUCACGCUUUUGGAAAUUGUCAGUCCGUAGGAACAGCAAAAAUAGCUCGAAAGGACAAUAAAGCAAUCACACCACGAAUCAUAUUCACGGACGAAGUUACCGUUUUGUAA